AUGAAGACUGAAGCAGGUCUAGUCUACCGUACUAAGGGGAGAAGGGGGAGAAGGAGACGAGGCGACCUGUGGUUGAGUUUCUUGGGAAGGAAGAAUGGAGGGGAAGUUGAGAGGAGGAGAAAAAGGGAGGAGGAGGAGGAGGAGGAGGAAGAGGAAGAAGAAGGAAGAAGGGGGAUUGGGAACCUGAAAGAGAAGUUGGGCAAGGAAGGUAGUAGCGAGACACUUCUCUUCCUGCUUUCACUCCUCCAGUCCAACAGUCUCGCUGGCCUUCUCAGCUUCCAAAUGGAUCCCGAUGUCGAUGCACGCCGUCGUCGACCAGCAGGGAUCCUGUCGGCUGCGAGCAAGGGGUGCGACAAGGAAGCUGGUACCGGUGGUGGAGUGCACAGGAACAGCGGGUAG